UGCAGUUCGCUUUGGGUUGUAACUGUGGCCCGUUUGAUACGUGUUCUCCCUGUAUCGGCGUGACUCUCUGUGUUGAAAUAUUGUUCAGUGCUCCGUGAGCUGCCUGCUGGCGCUGACAGCCAAUCCAUUGGGAAUUGUUGACAGAGGCGGGCAGGAGCAGGGAUGUGACAGAGAGGAGGGAGCAGCUCAGGAGGAGGAUGGAGCUGGUUCGUCAAUUUUCAGGUUCUUUCCCUGGCUCCACUCUGCUGCGCGGGAAGGACUGAGUUCUCCGAGCUUUAGGGCUUGUUCCCACGAACAAUCAGGAUUGACUCAGCCCCAGAUUAUUUCAUUGAGACAGAUUUUUGCCAUACUCAGAUUCGGAAGAUGAACUCGGGAACUGACAAGUGACUGUCUUCGAAACUGUACCAGAGAUUCGGGGUUCCAGGGCGGCAAGUUUGCGCGAAGAUUUCGGGGCAUUCAGGGAACUUCCGAGCGGGAACAAGGCGCGAUGUUUGCCCAGUCGAACCAGUAUUGUUUUUGAUUCCUUUGAGCAGUUUUGAGCUGACAGUGUUUUCGCUGGUGGAUUUGCUGUUGGCUGUCAGAGUGGGACUCGGAUCCGAUGGGAAUUGCGGAAAUUUGGGAGCAAGUCGCCAGCAUUGGGGAACAUUAUGGCGUUUACAUUCGCUGCUUUCUGUUACAUGCUUUCCUUAGUACUCUGUUCGUCUCUCAUCUUCUUCGCUAUCUGGAACACCAACUUUCUGUGAUUCAUGGACAAGGACACCCAGGUCCCUCUGCAUAGCAGCAUGGUGCAACAUUUUACCGUUCAGAUAAUUGCAUUUGAUGAAUUACGUAAGGACCUUAGGAGCCCCAUUGACCAGUGCAAUCCUCUCCAUGCACGAGAGAGGCUGAGGAACAUUGAACGGAUCUGCUACUUGCUGCGGAGGUUGGUGCUCCCAGAAUAUUCCAUCCAUGCAUUGUUCUGUAUCAUGUUCCUGUGUGCACAAGAAUGGCUGACACUUGGUCUCAAUAUCCCUUUACUCUUCUAUAACCUUUGGAGGUAUUUUCACAGUCCCACGGACAGUAACGAGUUAAUGUACGAUCCUGCAACAGUGAUGAAUGAUGAGACACUGAACUACUGCCAGAAAGAAGCUUGGUGCAAGAUGUCUUUCUACCUGAUGUCAUUUUUCUACUAUCUCUAUUGUAUGAUUGAUACGUUGGUCAGCAUUUAAUCGGGAGGGCUCAGGGGCAGAGUGUGAAUCAAAUCCGGCAAAAAGCAGAAACAGAGGGAGACUGUCACGUCUGAAAUAUUGAAUUCUAACCUUGUCCCAUCCUUUACGACAUCCCUUCUAAACAAUGAAGCAGCUGUGAAGACACAGUCCUUUACUAUAUCAACAGCCAAGGAAGGAUAAAAGGAACGUACUGAAGGGAGUUGACUUCUGCGCUUGCCCGACAUGUCUGCCUUGUUCAUGGAUGUACAGUCUUAAAGUUUACAACUAUGAAACCAGCUGUAAUGUCUGUAUAAUUGUUUUAUCUAGUUAUGUACAGAGGUGUCCCCAUCAGUCCCCCUCCAAGUAAAGGAGAUCUCUCUAGCUGGACCCUUUACAGUGAAGGAGAUCUCCCCAUCACAAUCUCUUUACAAUGAAGUAUCUUCCUCCUCAGAAGCCCUUAAAGCAAACAAUAUCCCUCCAAUAGGUCCCCUUAGAAUGAAGAGAUGUCUGCACAAACUAUUACAGUGAUGCAGAUCUAUUCAGUGUGACCUCUUAUAGUUGGGUAAAUCUUCCCUCAGGAUCCUUUGAAUGAAAUCUCUUCCUUGACCUUUUACAGUGAGGGAGAUCUCUACUUUGGGACCCUCUACAGCAGGGUGGGAAUGGGGAUGGGGUAAUCUUUCUAUCAUGAUGCCAUCAGGGCAAUGGGCUUUCUCGUUCAUUGAAAAUGAUCCCUUACCAUGAUAGAAUUCUCAGCUCCAGGGCCCAACUCUUCAGUCAACUGGAAUAUUGUUUAUGGAUAUUUCUGUUUCAAACAAUUUGAUUGAUGACGUCACUGUAGUCUGAACAGAAAUAGGUUGUUAUAAGAUGCACAGAGAUGAAAGUGAGCUCAACUAACAAAAGGAUCCAUCAGAACGACUUUUGCUUUAUGUGUGGCCAUUCAACCAGAUUGAAAUAUGAAAAUAUCUAUUGGCGGCACUAAAUACUUGAAGGAAAUGGAUAUGCUCCUUUUAACUAGUGAGAUGAAGGUUAAUCAGGAUGAAGGUUCUUCACUGGGCUCAAAUGAGACAUUUGCUCCCAUCCACAAUAGAGAACCGUAACAGUAGUCUUGUCCAUGGCAAUAUUGAAGCACUGAUACUUCAACUGUAGUGCAGGAUUAGAGGACAUAGGACUUUGAAGGCUGCAGAAUCCUCACAUGCUAGCCUCCAUUUCCAAUCACAAGGAGAAAACCCAUUAUGUGGCUCCAGCCAAGUUGAUGUGAAGCUGACCACAAGAAUUUAUAAUGGAAACAGCUGUCCAUUGAAGUGGAUCCUCCAGUCCUUUGCCAUUCUUGAAAUAUCCACAUCGGUUAAAACAAUACAUGAAAAGCUUCCAGUGCCUCCUUUCUGAAGUUGGUGGGGGAACAAUGAAAUUUAUAUUCAACACUUUAGAGCCCACUGAAGACCAGGACUUUUUAAAUACUUUUUUCAAUAUUAGUGGCUCAUGAAGGUUCAUGCCAGUGAGAUGGACUGAGACAAUCUUAAUAACAUUGAUGCCCUUUGGGAAUGUUAUAUGAUGUACAUCAUAUUUAUGUCUUUAAGAGAUUCACCUGUGGUGUUUCUCUUAAGGAGCCAGCCCACAAAUCUGAUUGAAAUUAUUAUGUGUUCACUAUUGUAGGGGAGCCUUGUAAUAUAU